AUCAGGUCCCCUAUAGGAGUUUGUUUUAUUUGAACUAUACAACAUUUGGUAGCUAGCUAGCUGUCAAAUCGUGUAGCUAACAGCUAGCUAGCUUCCAUGCAACAUUAGUCUAGCACUCACUAGUUAGCUGGACCAAAACGGGCGUUGUUUUGAUAGCGGUGGCUAGGUAGAUAGCUAGCUAAUAACAAUAUGAAAUUAACUAGCAAGUUUAGCUGCUCAGCUAGCACUCUACAACUGUCUCUGGCCAGUGAAACAACACUAGAAACUAGUUGUUGACAGAGCUAAGGUGUGGUGAAAAACAGUGUCAAGCCUAUUAGGCCUAACUUCACAAGUCUUGUGUGUGAGACACCUCCAACAUUAACAUUCCAAUGCCUCUGCUGUUCCUGGAGAGGUUUCCCUGGCCCAGUCUGCAGACCUACACAGCGCUGAGUGUGGCUCUGCUGGCUGGAAGCAUCUUCAGCGCCUACACUACUGUGACAGAACAGGGGUUCGGGGUUCCAGACAUGGACGAGCCUCCACCACCUGCACCCUUAGUAGGGGAUAAUAGAGGCGGCCUAGGCCUAGAACAUGUGACUAGCGAUGAUGUUGUGGGUGCAGAUACAGAAUUGGCGACCACUGUUAUGUGGUACCUGGUCACUGACAGUCUCUUUGUAUGGGUGUUGGUGAAUACAGCUUGCUGUUCUCUGAUGUUAAUUGCUAAGAUGAUCCAGUGCAUGGUUUUUGGGCCCCUUCGAGUCAGUGAGAAGCAGCACCUUAAAGACAAGUUCUGGAACUUCAUCUUCUAUAAGUUCAUCUUUAUCUUCGGGGUGUUGAACGUUCAGAUGGUGGAGGAGGUGGUCAUGUGGUGUCUGUGGUUCUCUGCCCUGGUCUUCCUCCACCUCAUGGUCCAGCUGUGCAAGGACCGCUUUGAAUAUCUGUCCUUCUCCCCCACUACUUCUAUGAACAGCCAUGUGCGUGUCCUUACCCUACUGGUGUCCCUGCUGCUGGGCUGCUGUGGUCUGGCUGUGGUCUGUGGUCUGCUGGGCGCUGCCCAUGGCAUGCACACCCUCUCCUUCAUGGCUGCCGAGUGUCUGUUGGUUACUGUGCGGACUGGACAUGUCAUCAUGAGGUACACCAUUCACCUGUGGGAUCUGAACCACCCAGGCACCUGGGAGAGUAAGGGUUCCUACGUCUACUACACUGACUUCAUCAUGGAGCUGUCUAUGCUGUCCCUGGACCUUAUGCACCACAUUCACAUGCUGCUCUUUGGUAAUAUCUGGCUGUCCAUGGCCAGUCUGGUGAUCUUCAUGCAGCUGAGGUAUCUGUUCCAUGAGGUGCAGCGCCGCAUCCGACGCCACAAGAACUACCUCCGUGUCAUCAACAACAUGGAGGCCAGGUUUGCAGUGGCCACAGCCGAGGAGCUGGUAUCCAACAGCGAUGACUGUGCCAUCUGCUGGGACACCAUGCAGACAGCACGUAAACUGCCCUGCGGACACCUCUUCCACAAUUCCUGCCUGCGGUCGUGGCUGGAGCAGGACACGUCGUGUCCAACAUGCAGGAUGUCCCUGAACAUCAGUGGUGAUGGAGGCCCGGCCAGAGGCCAGCAGCAGGGGACUGGCCUCCCACUGGAGAACAACCUGGGCCCUGGGGGCCCCGCUGCAGACGCCAGACCACACCUCAACCAACACAAUCACUUCUUCCACUUUGAUGGCUCCCGCAUCGCCAGCUGGCUGCCUAGUUUCUCAGUAGAGGUGAUGCACACAACUAACAUCCUGGCUAUCGCUCAGCAGGCCAACAACUCUCAGCUCAACACCAUGGCCCAUCAGAUCCAGGAGAUGUUUCCUCAGGUUCCCUACCACUUGGUGCUGCAGGACCUGCAGUUGACCCGCUCUGUGGAGGUCACCACCGACAACAUCCUGGAGGGACGCAUCGUGGUGCCCUUCCCUGCUCUGGCGGCUGAGCGUUCCCCCGUGCAGGUGAACCCAGGCCCAGAGGAGGGGGCAGGAGCCAGUGGGGGGGUGGAUACUGCUCCCAGAGAGCUGAACAGCCUGGAGGUCAGAGGGAGCCGUUUCUCCAAGUCUGCAGAGGAGAGACAGAAGAUGCUGCUACAGAGGAAGGAUGAGCUGCUGCAACAGGCACGCAGGAGAUACUUGAGAAAGAGCCCAGAGGACGAGGAGGACCUGCCCACUCUGGAGGAAGACGCCCCUGUCUCAGACGUGACCAUGCUGAGACGCAGGACCAUGGCAGCAGCUGCAGAGAGACGCAUGCAGAGCCAACCAGACCCUGCUCCCUGAGACUAUACUGGACUGUAAACUCCCACUUGGACAGUCUCGCCUCGAACCCACACCUAAUGCCCUUGGAGUGUCCACCAAACUCCUCAUGUCCCACCUAAGAGGCACCUCCACCGAAAGAGCUCUCUACGUUAUAUGAUCAAUCGAAUUACCUAAAUAAAAACAUUACAUUACAAAGUGUUACAAGAAGCAUGGGCUUUGGCUGCACAUGGCACAGGGGCUCUGCUGUUUUAGGCUGCCCUAGUGAGAUAUGAGAACUGGGCCUUGGGAAUGGUACCAGCCUGCUCUGAACUUUCACCAGGCACCAGAGGCUUAAUUGGACAUGGAUCACCAGCGUUUUAAAGGAGUGGUGGGUGUCUGUCUGAGUUUCUGAAGUGCACACCUGUCAUCACAUAGCUCUAGCCCCCCAGCUUCACUAGACUUACCUGCCAUUCUCUUUACUGGCCAUGAUGGGGAAGGAAAGAGCAUGGCGUCACAGUCCGAGGAUGCUGCUGAAGUUAGUUAGGGUUUGUUAAGGUGCUGUUGCUACAUACAGCUCAUAGUGUAAUGGAGUGGGACAUAGUUUGUAUUGGUUUUAUUCAACAACAAAAAUAUUUGUGUUGUAAUGAGCUAUUGAUAUCAUGGGUUGGGUUGAUAACAUACUGAUGUUAUUUUAUAAGAAUGGAGUGAAAACUGUGAAUUAAGAGUAGGUUUAAUAGAUUAAAACAUUGUGAAGCUUUUUUAAAAUUUUAAUUAAGAGAAUGUCACUUAAUGUCACUCAUCGAAAUAUGAAUGUACUUUAUCCACAAUGCUGCAGAGAGAGAGUAGAAGAGUUUAAAUUCUGGGCGUUGUGGAGACCUGGUUGUUAAUAAUGUGUUAAAUGUCACAUAUCCACCCAAGAAAGAACACUAUCUAAAUAGGAAGACGUAAUAUUUUUGUCUCCUGACAGACAGUAAAACUCUCACCAGUACAGAGUUAUAGAGUGGCUCCCUGACCUCUAGGUCAACCAGUGGUUUCUAUCUGCAGUCUGUAUACCUCUAAAACCUCCCAACGCAUACCUACACUGUAUUAAACAUCCAUUGAUAGAGGUACAGAAGACUGUAUGGGCUCAGAGGAGUUGGGUUGAGGUUUGAAUACUGAUGAACCUAUCUGAUUCACUCACUCACACUCCACUCCUACACUCCAUGUACUGGUAGGUUCAUUCUUGCAGAUGAUAUGUAGGCCUAUGUGUUGGAUUCUUGCAGACGAUAUGUAGGCCUAUGUGUUGGAUUCUUGCAGAUGAUAUGUAGGCCUAUGUGUUGGAUUCUUGCAGAUGAUAUGUAGGCCUAUGUGUUGGAUUCUUGCAGAUGAUAUGUAGGCCUAUGUGUUGGAUUCUUGCAGAUGAUAUGUAGGCCUAUGUGUUGGAUUCUUGCAGAUGAUAUGUAGGCCUAUGUGUUGGAUUCUUGCAGAUGAUAUGUAGGCCUAUGUGUUGGAUUCUUGCAGAUGAUAUUUAGGCCUAUGUGUUGGAUUCUUGCAGAUGAUAUUUAGGCCUAUGUGUUGGAUUCUUGCAGAUGAUAUGUAGGCCUAUGUGUUGGAUUCUUGCAGAUGAUAUGUAGGCCUAUGUGUUGGAUUCUUGCAGAUGAUAUGUAGGCCUAUGUGUUGGAUUCUUGCAGAUGAUAUGUAGGCCUAUGUGUUGGAUUCUUGCAGAUGAUAUGUAGGCCUAUGUGUUGGAUUCUUGCAGAUGAUAUGUAGGCCUAUGUGUUGGAUUCUUGCAGAUGAUAUGUAGGCCUAUGUGUUGGAUUCUUGCAGAUGAUAUGUAGGCCUAUGUGUUGGAUUCUUGCAGAUGAUAUGUAGGCCUAUGUGUUGGAUUCUUGCAGAUGAUAUGUAGGCCUAUGUGUUGGAUUCUUGCAGAUGAUAUUUAGGCCUAUGUGUUGGAUUCUUGCAGAUGAUAUGUAGGCCUAUGUGUUGGAUUCUUGCAGAUGAUAUUUAGGCCUAUGUGUUGGAUUCUUGCAGAUGAUAUGUAGGCCUAUGUGUUGGAUUCUUGCAGAUGAUAUUUAGGCCUAUGUGUUGGAUUCUUGCAGAUGAUAUGUAGGCCUAUGUGUUGGAUUCUUGCAGAUGAUAUGUAGGCCUAUGUGUUGGAUUCUUGCAGAUGAUAUGUAGGCCUAUGUGUUGGAUUCUUGCAGAUGAUAUGUAGGCCUAUGUGUUGGAUUCUUGCAGAUGAUAUGUAGGCCUAUGUGUUGGAUUCUUGCAGAUGAUAUGUAGGCCUAUGUGUUGGAUUCUUGCAGAUGAUAUGUAGGCCUAUGUGUUGGAUUCUUGCAGAUGAUAUGUAGGCCUAUGUGUUGGAUUCUUGCAGAUGAUAUGUAGGCCUAUGUGUUGGAUUCUUGCAGAUGAUAUUUAGGCCUAUGUGUUGGAUUCUUGCAGAUGAUAUGUAGGCCUAUGUGUUGGAUGUCUUUGAUAACUAAAGGCUUUUUAAAGUUGAGUGGUAGAUAUGCAUGAAUCACAAUGGAAUGCUUUAGUUUAUGUUUACCCCAAAGAACAUUGAUCCCAUGAACUUCCACAUGAUGCAGAUUUCUUUCUUUGAGAUGUGCAUAUUUUUGUGUCUCUCUCUUUCAGCUUGUUUCAUCUGUGGGAUUGUAAGAAGUUUCUACUAACUGUUUCAGAGAUGCACCUCUUGUUAAAAACAAAAUACACUAGUCAGUUUUUCAUUGAUUCAAGCUAUUGAUCAACUCAUAUUUUCAUAUCCAUGUCAUAUUUUUAUAUUCAUAAGGGGUUAUUUUUUAACCAUUGUGUAUUUAAUCUUAAUCAAAAACAUGAAUUAAUCUUUUGGACUGAGCUUUCCUCAUAUUUUGUGCCUAAAUCAAGAAUAUAUGGUUUGAUUGUGUAAAUAAUGUAGUUUUUGUAAGAACUGCUCAAGUAACAUGAACAAAUGAUCAAUAAUAAACAGAGCUUCUCUACA